AUGUUGCUCGGUGGGCUUCAUUUCCUCGGUGCUGCAGAGCCGGAGCUGGAAGACAUGAUGCUGCAGAGUCCGCUGACCUCCACGCCGUUUUCUGUCAAGGAUAUCCUCAAGCUGGAGCAGCAGCAGCAGCAGCAGCAGACCGGGUCCCUGGAGCUCCAGCACCGAGCCCUCACCCAGCAGCAGACCGGGUCCCUGGAGCUCCAGCACCGAACCCUCGCGCAGCAGCAGACCGGGUCCCUGGAGCUCCAGCACCGAGCCCUCACCCAGCAGCAGGCCGGGUGCCUGGAGCUCCAGCAGCGGCGGCGGCAUUUCCAGACCCCGCCGUCCUGCAUGCUCGCCGGGGACAGUCCUCCCUUCUCCUCGGACGGAGAGGACAACCUGGCCUACCUCAGCGCGCUGGCGGCGCGCGAGGAGGAGCGAGGGGACACCGGCCUGUCCCCGGACAUGUACGUCCACCCGGGCCCGCGGGGGGCCAAGCUGGAAGCCGCCGAGCCGGAGGAGCAGGAGAGCAAGAGCUGCGCGUUGGCGUCCCGGGAAGAGGCUUCGGAGGUCGGGCAGGGCGACUCGGAGCGGCCGGCGCAGAAGCAGCGCAGCCGCCGCAGACCCCGGGUCCUCUUCUCCCAGGCGCAGGUCUUCGAGCUGGAGCGGCGCUUCAAGCAGCAGCGCUACCUGUCCGCGCCCGAGCGCGAGCACCUGGCGACCACCCUCAAGCUCACCUCCAACCAGGUGAAGAUCUGGUUCCAGAACCGCCGCUACAAGUGCAAGCGGCAGCGGCAGGACAAGUCUCUGGAGGCGGCGGCGGCGGGGCAGCAGCAGCAGCACCACCCGCCGCCGCCCCGGCGCGUCGCCGUGCCGGUGCUGGUGCGCGAUGGGAAGCCGUGUCUGGGCGGAGCGCAGAGCUACGGCGCCGCCGCUCCGUACGGAUCCAACCCGUACGGUUACAACGGAUACCCGGCGUACACGUACAGCAGCCCCGCGUACAACAGCAACUACAGCUGCACGUACACCAGCCUCCCCGUCCUCCCCCCUUCCGGCACCUCCAACGCCUUCAUGAACAUGAACUUGGGGAACGUGAGCGGCCUCGGCGGCUCCCCGCAGGGCCCGAUGCACCAAGGGACGGGAGUCGCGUCGUGCCAGGGCUCCCUGCAGGGGAUCCGGGCCUGGUAA